UUCGGCUCGACAUUUCGUCAGAUCAUUCACUAUUGAUCUAUCUACCGGCAAUCACUCCAUCGAUCCCUGCAAUUGCCUGGUUCCUCCCUCCCACUCACCAUGCUAUCACGGUCAUUCGUCCAAUCUCAGCGUCUGCUAUCCCGCGGACUGAUCACACCUGCCCCAUGUCGAUCCUUCGCGGCACACCCUCGGAAACCACUGGAAUCGACAACCUUUUCAGAUAAAUCGUCACCUCGAGAAGUGUACGAAAGACCAGAAACGAGUCGUGGGAUGCCACCUGAGGGAGCGCCUUCAUUCUCGAAAAGAGCUAUCGAAGGGGAUGAUUCCAAGGAGAUGACGCUGGAAGAAGCUUUCAGUGGUCCUUCGAGACCGAGAUUGGUGUACGCUGUCCCUUCGCGAAAGACCAAAGAGCUGCCGAGGCUUGGGACCAAAGUGCCUCUAUACAUACUCCUCGGCACACUUGGACUGUCAGCCUGGGGCAUAUUCUUGUUAUACGCUACCAAUGCGGAACGUCUCGCAUCAUCCGCCAUGCGUAGUGUCCAAUUCCAUCUCCGCCACUCCCCAGAUGUCAGCGCUUUGUUGGGCAAGCGCGUGAGGCUGGAAGAGCCGCCAUGGUUCAUCGGUGACCCUUGGAUUUCUGGCACCGUCAAUACCAUGCAAGGUCGGAUCGAUCUCAGCUUCAGGGUACGAGGCGACGACGCAUCGGGAACCAUCUACUUUACGUCAAUCCGACCUCACCAAGGCGACCCAUGGCGAAUCCUACGAUAUAAACUGAUCACGGACUCUGGAACGACCGUUCGACUAGAAGACAAGAUCGAACGGAUCACUGACAACUCUGCUGUGGAAAAGCAGCUCUCAUUAUGAACCCAUGCACUAUGCAUCCUUGACUCUA